AUGAAGCCACUGAGGCGUACUGGCGGAGAAGUCAGGUCCCGCCAUCCCUCGGCUCGCUCGCGGCGUCAAUCCCGACUGCAAAGAGAGCGCCCAAAUAAGUGCCCCAGGUCCGUUCCGGGUGCUGCUGCUCCUAGGUCAAGCGAGAGUUGCAUGCCGAACUCGGCCGGUCUUGACCCCGAAACGGUGGCUCAGGACGAUGGGCAAAAACCUUCACAGCCAUUAGCGGAAUGGUACGAGAUACAACCUGAUGACCCAGAUUCCGACUACGAUGACGAAUGCGCGAUCUAUGAUGAUGACAGCGCCGAAAAGUCUAGCGUCAGCGAAGAGACUUCAAACUCGCGUUACCCUCUUAUCAUUCUCUUGUUCAAGAAGGAGACACGCGACAGAGGUAUGGGCAAUGUUGUCCCUCCUUCCACCCCAGCACUGCCUUGGAAUCUUCCCAGCCAGCCUGCUCCGCCUAUCUUGGAUGUCUCUUUCAACGAUUUUGACGAUGCUCCGUUAAUUAUGAGCCGCGGUAAGAGCUCGGUGCCGCUCAAGUCCAUCACUGAGGCACCGCCGUGCUCCGCUAUCUAAGUGCCUCUAGAAGGUCUCUACUACCAACACAGUCCUCGAGCACCUCCAUACUUCCCACAACGUUGCGAACUUGAAGUAGUACCCCGAGAGGGUCUGCGCCAACACAAAUGAGGAUCUUCCGAGCCCUGUGAAGCACCACGUUACCGAACAAUAUGAAAGUUACCAUUCUAAUGGCUGGUGAAAGUAUUCAUUGUGAGCUAUCAAUGACGGCGAUGGGGGAAGCAAUGCAUCGGAAAAGUUUUCAC